GGAGCCACCGCCGAGAUAGAAAAACCCGGAAGUUGAUGCAGAUUCAGACGACACGAACUCGAUGCAACGGCAAGCACCUGAAAUCGAUUUUAGAAGCAUCCGUCAGUCUGUCGAUUGGUUGAAAUAAUUGGUACGGGAGCGAACGCUAACAUAUUGGGACUAGUUCACUGAAUUAUGGCGUCGUCGCACGAGGAGAGCGAACUACAACGUAAACAACCGGAAACUGUUGGCAAGACUCCCAUCCCGAUCCAAGGCGUCCAGCGAUUGAAUGAUCGUCAGGACGGAAGGUCCCGUUUGGAGAAAGACGAGCCGCUGCUCCACUGCAUCAAAGAGGAAGAAGAGCUUCCACGGCACCCCCACGUGAAAGAGGAAGAGGAGGAGGCCGACGUCAGCGCGCUUCCGAUUACUGUCGUUUGUGUGAAGAUUGAAGACGACGGAAAGGAGCCGGCCGAGCGGUCGCGGCCUCGUCGUGGCGGUCAGAGUGGAGGACUCCCGCCGGAUGACCUCCUAGCUCCACCGUCAGACAGCGAGGACAAGGAAGAAACUCUGAGGAGCCGCGCAGAUUGUGAAAGCGACAAACAGUCCGAAUGCCCCGACGAUGAGACGGCUCUCGGCAACGCGGAAACGGCCCGUGUCAAACGUUCGGCUAAAAAACCACACACACAAGCGCGCGCGGGAGAGAAGCCGUUCGGUUGCCCGUUUUGCGGCAAAACGUUUGCUCGAAAGGAACACGUGCAGGCGCACGUGAGGAUACACACUGGAGAGAAACCCUUUAGUUGUUCAACCUGCGGUAAAGCGUUCCCGCACAAGGAGACCAUGAUAGCACACGUGAGGUCACACACGGGGGAAAAUCCCUUUCGCUGUUCCAUUUGCGGGAAGACGUAUUCUCGAAAGACGCACGUGGAAUCCCACAUGAGAACGCACACCGGAGAAAAACCCUUCCCAUGCUCGGUUUGUGGGAAAACCUUCUCGCAAAAGCCAAAUAUGGUCAAGCACAUGAGAAUACACACGGGCGAGAGGCCGUUCGGUUGCCUGUUUUGCGAUAAAGCCUUCCUUCAUAAGUCCCACGUGGAAUCGCACAUGAAAAUCCACACGGGAGAAAAACCCUUUCGUUGUUCCGUUUGUGAGCAAACCUUCUCCCAGAAGCAAAAUCUGGUCUCGCACAUGAGAACGCACACGGGAGAAAGACCUUACAGUUGCUCGCUUUGCGGCGGAAGCUACGCCCAGAGUAAGACUUUGACUGCGCACAUGAUGCGGAGACACAACAAAGAGAGAAAAACCUUGGGCGGGACUCCUCCGCAAUAGUGUGCCGCCCCCCCACGGGCAAACAUGUUACAGGAAAAGCUGUUUCCGGAUACACGUAUUGGCAAAAAUAAUGAUCAAUUCACUAUUUGUUUUUUUUUUUUUACAUAGAACAAAGAAUUUCGAUUAUGAAAUAAAACAAGA